UUUUCUUGUUCUUGUAUCUAACUAACAUUUGCUUCAGAUUAGUGAACUACACUAUCAUCUGAGAAAUCAUCAUUCUUGCACAGGAUACAUUGUUUUAUGUUUUAACUGUGGUUAAUCACAAGAUAUCAGCUGUUCUCAUAACAUCCCAUUCAAAACAGUCCUUGGAGAGGAACAUUAGCUGUUUGUUCUCUUCGGCCUGCUCAUGCCAGCAUUUUGUGAUCUGUUGAGCACACUCAGCUGCACCGUGUUUUUCAGGUUGCCCUCCACAGUUAGAGAUGCUCUUUUUCUCUAGUUAAAAUGCAGUAGCUUAUUGGUCUGAUGACUCUGCGUGUUUGACUGUUCCUCUCAACUUGGUUUUUACUUCACGUUUUCCACAUGAAAGUUUUUUAUUGUAUGUUAGGUACUACACAGCAUAACUUAACUGCUUUUAAAUAUAAGAAUAUGUUAUUCUUUCUAGAUAUAAUAACUUAGAUGAAAGACUGAAGAUACAAAGCUUGUUUGAAAGAAUUUAAAUGUGAUGAAUCACUCUCAGCAGUGAUCAAUAAAGUGAAACGGAUUUCAGGACGUGGUGGCUUUUUUUCUUCAGUUUAUUUUCAAGCUCACAAUGUCGCCACCACCAAAGAGAUGUGGAAGGCCCCCAGUGCUGUCUUUUCUGGAAAAGAAAAAGAGAAAGCAAAGUCUUGAUAGAAGAAGGGGGAAAACAAGGAUUUAUGUGGGAAAUCAUAUUGACCGAUGGUUGGCACUUAAGGAAAAGUUAGAUUUCAGAAACGAUGCAGAAGUUGCAGGGUUUUUACUGGACUUGUAUGACAGCCGUGACCCAUUGUCAAAAGCUCCAGUCCGUUCCCUCUCUCAGGGUAUGAGAAGAAUUACUGUGAAAGAAGCAGCAGCAUUGCCAGGAAGCGCUUCAUUAAUAGCAGCUGAUAGAAUGUAUGACAAUGACGAUCAGUUGUCUGAAGAAUCUGCUUGUUCUGGACUUGAAGAUGUGAGAAUUGUAACUGUGAAAGAAGAGGGGGAGAUGCUGCUUGACUGCUCCUCCAUAGAGAAGGAUGACACGAUGCCUGGUCCUUGUGACAGCCAGAGUGGGGCACGGAGGCAGUGCGGGGAGGCUUGGAGCAGCUGUACUUUCAGGUUUCCCAGCACAAACAUCAAGAUAACAUUCACAGCUCUGUCCAAUGAAAAGAGAGAAAAACAGGAGGCCCCGGAGUCCCCAGUGAAGCCUGUGCAACCCCAGAUCUCUCCCUUAACAAUAAACAUUCCAGACAACAUGGCUCACCUGAUCAGCCCUCUCCCUUCUCCCACAGGAACUAUCAGUGCUGCAAAUUCCUGCCCAUCUAGCCCCCGUGGUGCAGGCUCUUCAGGGUACAAAAUGAGUCGUGUAAUACCGUCUGACCUACAUUUAAUGGCUGAUAAUUCACAGUCAGAGAAUGACAAGGAAGCAUCGGGUGGAGAUAGCCCAAAGGAUGACUCUAAGCCACCUUACUCCUAUGCACAGUUAAUAGUACAAGCAAUUACAAUGGCACCUGAUAAGCAGCUUACACUAAAUGGAAUUUAUACGCACAUAACUAAAAACUAUCCGUACUACCGGACAGCAGACAAGGGCUGGCAGAAUUCAAUACGUCACAAUCUCUCUCUGAAUCGUUAUUUCAUCAAAGUACCACGUUCCCAGGAAGAACCAGGCAAAGGCUCAUUCUGGAGGAUAGACCCUGCUUCUGAAAGCAAAUUAAUAGAGCAGGCUUUUAGGAAAAGGCGGCCUAGGGGAGUACCUUGCUUUAGAACCCCUCUGGGACCACUCUCUUCUAGAAGUGCCCCAGCUUCUCCUAAUCACUCUGGAGUGUUGUCUGCACACUCCAGUGGAGUCCAGACCCCCGAGAGUCUGUCCAGGGAAGGAUCUCCAGUCCCAAUGGAACCUGAGCCUAGUGCUAUCCAGCCAAAACUAGCGGUAAUACAAGAAGCACGAUUUGCACAGAGCGCCCCAGGAUCACCUCUUUCUAGCCAACCAGUUUUAAUUACUGUACAACGGCAGCUACCACAAACUAUUAAACCCGUCACCUACACUGUUGCAACUCCUGUGACAACAUCAACUUCCCAGCAGCCUGUAGUUCAGACAGUUCAUGUUGUCCACCAGAUACCAGCUGUGUCUGUCACAAACGUGACUGGAUUAGCACCAGCAAACACUUACACUGUAGCUGGACAGGCAGUAGUCACGCAAGCUGCGAUGGUAACCCAGCCCAAGGUAGAACCUCAAGAGAAUGGAGACCACAAGGAAGUAAAAGUUAAAGUGGAGCCUAUACCUGCUAUUACUCAUGCUACAAUUGGAGCUGCUAGUCGUAUCAUUCAGACAUCUCAGACAACCCCCUUACAGACAGUUACUAUAGUGCAACAGGCACCUCUAGGUCAACACCAGCUACCAAUAAAAACUGUAACACAGAACGGAACGCACAUAGUACCCAUCACCACUGCGAUACAAGGACAGGGCAAUGCUGCUGCUGCGAGUCCUUUGCAUAUGUUGGCGACCCAUGCAUCUGCCUCGGCCUCCCUCCCAACCAAGCGUCAGAAUGGAGACCAGUCAGAACAGCAGGAACUCAAGCGUAUCAAAACAGAAGAUGGAGAGAGCAUAGUCAUAGCUGUUAACGUGGACACCCCACCUGUGGCAGUGAGUGAUAAAGGCAGCCAGAACUAGAAACUUAGGGGAGUUUUAUUUUUUUUUUCCGUUCUUUUCUUUUCUUUUUUUUCUUUUUUUUUUCUUUUUUUUAAGAAAAAAAAAAACAAAACAAAACUCCAUGGUGCCAAAAGGAGACACUUAAAUAUAACACCUAAAAUGUUGGAACAUGUUCUCACGCAGUGGGGAAAGGGGCCCUGUGAUCAGACUUCAACUUUCAGCACUGAAAAAAAACCCAACACAGGUGGCCUUAAAACUUGGUAAUUUAAAGUCAAACUGCAAACCAUCUUGUUCCAGAGGCUGUGACCCCCGCUCCUCCCUGCCCCUACCGAACUGUGCACACUGAGAAAUCCAGUGUUGGGGAGGGCUGCAGCUUUAAAAAAAAUCUCUAUCAGAUUAUUUUAAGGACUGAGUAUCUCAGUGUAACGGCAGCAUGAUAAGCGCUUAGUGUGAACUGGUUUCAAACGAUUGUAUAUUCCUCAAAGGGAACAGAGGCAAGGAGCCAUUUCCUACAUCUUGGCAGCUAGCCUUUCAUAAUGACCUACCCGAUGCAGUUGUUGGUAGAUAUGCAGUAUUUUGUUGUUCACAUGUGGAAUUAGAAAUUUUUGAGGUGUAUUUUCAUUUCUUUGCAAAACAAUGGGGUCUUUGACAUUUCAAAUCACUCCAUUUCUACUCCGGAAACUUUCGAAUCACACAAUACUUUUCAUGUGAAAUUUUGUUUGGUAAAAACUGAAUGUAGGGUUUUUUUAACCAAUGGAAUGAUUUACUUUUGUCUGUCCUGUUCAAGUUCAGAUAAAGCUACUUUAUUACAUCUGCAAAUUUUCAUAUUUUAGCAGUUGCCUGAUAAAUUUAAUCAAAUUUUAUUACCAUGUGUAGUGAUCAAAUGCUUCUUUGGGCUUGCAUGUAACUGAUUAGAAAUUACGAUGUAAAUGAGCCGUUAACUGACGUAAAGAACUGCUAUGAAUUUGACCAGAGCUGCACUUACCUGUUUCUCUUUCUGCUACCUUUUGCUGUUUGUUACUUUGUGUUGACUUUGACUGUCCCUGGCAUAUUUUUCCAGUCUAAAGUAAAACAAGAGUCUCGCUUAAUAUUGUGUAUGUUUAAGAUAACAGACUGUUCUUCAUUUAGAAAGAUGAAAUUCUUUAUCACAAGUCCUUUUAAAAAGAGUAAAAAUUAUCUUGUCAGAGGUAUAUUCGAUAUUUUUAAGCUUAAGCACCCAUCAGUAGAACUUAAUCUGACCAGUCUCUCCAUCACACUUUUGAUGUCCUACACUGACCCCUCAGGGUCUCCAGUGAGCGUAGCUGUUGUGGUUUUCUAACAGUGGCUACCAUGUUAUUCUAAUAUUUUAUUUUUUUUUUAAGUGUGUGUUCUGCAGUUGAACAUUUAAAGCUGUAUUGGUAAUUUCUCACUUUAAUCGUGGUAAUAGAUUCCACUUUACAUUUCAAAAUUAAAUUGCAACGUAAGGCUGCUGUUCAGUCUUUAAUUCACAUUAACGUCUUAUCUCCUCAUGCAGUCAGGUGAGUGGAAGCUGCAUCGCUGGCUUCAGUUGAAUCUGAUUCUCGUCAUUUUCUGUACUAAUGAUGCAUUAUUUAUAUUUUCCUUUCCCUGUAUGAAAGGAAAGAUUGUGUUCUCAUGCUGGACUGAACAGUUUGAAGUGGUUUAUUUAGGCAGCUUUUGGGAACUAUUUACCUGAAGACCAAAUAUGAGAAAUCUGUACAAGUUUUGUGUUCAUCCACAAAAUGGAACUGUUACAAUGUCUCUGCAGAUAAUACAUAUUAAAAAACUAUGAAAAAAACCACCAACUCUACACAAGCUGAAUUUAUAACAGGCAUUGAAAAAAAAACCGCAUAACCUGGAAAAGAAACAUUUCUGUAAAACUGCAACGUUUUCUUUAGAGGUUUUAAAAAUAAAAAAGUAAAGUUUUAACAUACUUUUUUUAAGAAAAAAAAUCCAGUACUAGUAAUUUAAUUUGGUGUUGAAUGAAUUGACUAGAAUGUGGUUUAUUUUCAGAAGUGAGAAUCUGUUCACAACUAGGGCUAGGUGAAUAAUAGUGUAUAAGAUUUUUUAAAUAAAAUUAAAUUUUAUUCAGCAAACUAA